AUGUCAUUGUUUGCGAAAAAAGCCUUUUCGGCGGCUGGCUACGCUGCGAGCAGACCCUCGUAUCCUGCUGCUUUGUUCCAGACAGUACUCAAUUAUCACAAUGCGCAGAAGUCCGACGGCACAUUACUGGAUUUGGGGUGCGGCCACGGACUUAUUUCCCGCGAGCUGAGCCCUAAAUUUGCCAAAGUUAUUGCGACAGACCCCAGCCUAAACAUGGUCACGCAGGCCAAGAGCAUGACACAGGAUGGCAAGAUUGAAAUUCGACAGGCCAAGGCCGAAGACCUGUCCUUUCUGCCGGACCAGUCAGUAGAUCUGGUAGUGUCGGGCCAAGCGGCGCAUUGGUUCGACUACAGCAAGGCGUGGCCCGAGAUUGCUCGCGUGGUCAAGCCAGGAGGGUCGCUGGCGUUCUGGGGUUACAAGGAUAACGUGCUACUCGGCCAUCCCAAGGCCAAUGUGAUUUUCGACAAGUUUAGCUACGGCGAGGAGGAUAUCGCGCCGGGUAUCGAGACCAUGGGCCGCCACUGGGAGCAGCCAGGCCGAAACAUCCUGCGCAAGCUGCUCGCGGACGUUGUGCCGCCGGCGAGCCAGUGGGAAGCGGUGCAGCGUAUCGAAUACGAGGUCGAUGACGAGGCGACUGAGGCAGACAUUGGCGAUGCGUGGAUGGUCCAGGAGACGACGCUGGGCGGCUUUGAAAGCUACGUGAGGACGGCGAGUAGCUAUCUCGGCUGGAAAGGGGCGCAUCCGGAGCGGAAGAGCCGCGCAGACGGGGGAGAAGGGGACAUUGUAGACAUGCUCAUGGACGAGAUCGUUGCGUCGGAACCAAAGUGGAAGGAGAUGGGAGACAACUGGCGCGAUGCGAAGGUCAAGACGGUCUGGGGCUCGUUUAUUCUAAUGGCGAAGCGAAAAUAA